AUGCGCCGGGACCAGCAUUCGAUCCUCAGAGAAGAAGAGGUUCUAAAACAAAGAGCCAAACUCGCUAUCUUCAUUUCGAUUCUUGUACCUUUCCUCACCUACGAUCGUGAGUGUUGGGUAAUGACCGAAACAGUACGAUCACGAAUACAGGCAACCAAAAUAGGAUCCCUUCGAGGAGCCUCUAGAGUAACGUUACUCGACAGGGUACAAAGCUCAAAGAUCAGGGAGUCUCUCCAGGUCGAACUGCUACUUUUCCGCAUGGAAGGAUCGCAGCUCCAGUACUAUGGACAUGCGACUAGAAUGUCGCUGGAAAGAAUUUCAAAACGGGUUGUUCAAGCCGAGCCAAUGAGCCGGAGACCUAGGGGUUGGCCAGAAACAAGAUGUAUGGAUAAAGUGCAUAGCCUCAGUUGUUCUCGUUUGAGAAUGCAGCCAGAAGUCUAA